CCCGCACACGCAGUAGUAAAAGUCAAUUGCGUUAGCGACAACGCGUAGAGAGGCGGGACGGGCCUCUUCGAUUAUUCCAUCGUGAGUGUGCCGAUUCCUCCCUUUUUUGGCUUUCGUUUUGGCGAACCGGCGCAUAUAAAAUAUAAGCGAUUUCGAGAGACAGCGAUAACGACGUCGCAAGAGAUAAAAAUAAACCGUUGAGGCUUUCUGCUCCCAAAGGAAAACAAAGCGAUACUACAAAAAUGACGGAGACUGAGAACAUCUUUUUGUUCGUGCCAAAUAUCAUUGGCUAUGGCAGGGUUAUUUUGGCACUGAUAUCCUUUUACUACAUGCCAACUCACUACGUAGUGGCAAUAUGGUGCUAUGUCAUCAGUGCUCUUUUGGAUGCAUUCGAUGGACAUGCUGCAAGAUACUUUAAUCAAGGAACUAAAUUUGGUGCUAUGUUGGAUCAGCUGACUGACAGAGCUGGUACUAUGUGUCUUUUGGUUUGCCUAGCUCAGUUCUAUCCAGAGUAUACUUUUUGGUUCCAAAUAAGUAUGGCUAUUGAUAUUGUUUGCCAUUGGAUUUAUUUACAUACAACUGUUUUACAAGGCAAAACAAGUCACAAAUUUAUUGACAUGUCUGAAAAUCCAAUAAUGAGUGUGUAUUACACUAAUCGUACAGUACUAUUCUUUAUGUGUGCUGGCAAUGAAGCAUUUUAUGCAGCUCUGUAUCUUUUGCAUUUCACCGAAGGACCAGUGUUUAUCGGAAUCAGCUUAUUCAAAGUUAUCGCCUAUUUGUCAGCACCAGUUGCUUUUGUAAAAGCAUUGAUCUCUAUACUUCAUGGUUAUGUGGCAUGCAUAAACUUGAGUAUUAUUGAUGUGAAGGAAAGAGAAGCACUACACAAAGCCAAAUAAAGCUCCUCCCAUGUCAUUUCUUACUUGCUAGUCAAGAUGAAUGUGAUCAUAAUAAUCUUCCUUAAAGUCUACUUAAAAAAUACGUUUCCAUGAUACAAAAAAAGUGUUAAAUGUUUAGAGAAAUGUAUACAAUCCAUAUUUUUUAUAAUUUCCACAGAGUCAAUUUUAUGUGAAAAUAGGAAUGAAGUCCUCAAUGCCGGACAUUGAUAAAUUUGGAAAAAAAAUUAUAUAGACUAAAGUUAUAAGUAUAGAUCUCAAUAGGUACAACCAUUUUCGAUUAGCAGCUAUUGAACAAAUACUUCCAUCAGGAAGACUUUCAAUUACAUUUAAUUAUUUUUAAAUAUUAAACUAUUAAAGUAUAAGCAGAUCUAUAAAUAUAUUUUCAAAUGGAAUACCAUUUUCAUAUUGGACCAUUAAUACAGCAUUUUAAUUACAUUCAAACAAUUAUGAUGAAGAUGUAUCUAUUUUAAUACCACAAAAAGUAACAUAUUCUUUGUUGAAUAUGUCAGAUAACUUUGCAAGAAGUACAUUUAAAAGUUAAAUCAAAUAUAUAUUUUAUCAAGAAGAUAUUUUCAUGAACAAGGCAAUAUUGGAAAUCAUGUGGAAUUUAACUAUAUUAAUUUUGUAUUUUUCUAAAAGAAAAAGAAACCAAAGCCAAUGAAAAUAUUAUAAACAAUAAUUUAAAUACAUAUUACAUUUUCUUAUAUUUAUUUGAAUAUCUAGAUUUUUGAAGUACUUCUUUAAAGAAAAUGCAUUUAAUUUGAUUUGAUGUGUUAUCAUUAUUUCAAGGAUUAAGUUUAUUUAUAACUCUGCAGAGGUAUUCGAAAGGUACUUAUAAUCAUUAGCCUUGGUUCCUUGUAGUUGAAAAUUCCCUAUAGUCAGUAGUGUGAAGAAAUGUAAUAUUGAACAUUCUUUGAAAUAACCAUUAGGUUUAUAUAACUCUAUCUGAACGGUGGAUUUUUUACAGAAUAUGCUAAUAUCAAUAUGUACUUUUUUCUAUUUUUCAACCUGAUAUGACAAAAUUGACUCAUUUUUUAAAAAUAGAGUAAAACAAUGUUAUAUUUUGUUGCUAUGCAAAAUUUCAUGUGUUUCAUAAAUCCAAGUCUUAUAUGUAUAAAUAUGUUGAAAAUAUAAUGCGUUUGAAAUUAUUUAUCAUACAUUGAUUUGUUUAAUAACACAAAAUCAUUAAAAUGUUUAAACAGAUAACUACGAAGAAAUAAAAUCACUACCAUGACCUUGGUCCACCAAUAUAUACAGUAAAUAUAUUUUUCAAAAAUUUAACUAUUCAAAGUUUGAAAAUUGAAUCAGCUACAUGAAUCAUAUUUUAUUAGAAAAAUACCGCAUUUUCUGCAAAUUAAAAAUAUGCUGCAUUUUUAAAACCCGUUCUUGCAAACAAAUUACGUAAACUGUUGGAUGUGUCAAUAUACACGAUCGGUAUAAAUAAAGCACAUCUCGAAGAUAUUCAAAUCUAAGUUGAAAUUUU